AGUCAAUAGUCGUGCCUAAUUGGACCUUUUCCCAUAGGAAACGGGGGAAUAGAAAUGAUCUGUUCCAGGGUCAAACUGUGGCCAUAAUAAAACCUUAAUUAACUGGACAGCCAAUUUUAACAUCCUUAACAAAACAUUCAGAGACUAUUUCUCCCAUCUUAUUAAAAAUAAUGGUAAAUAAGAAAACAAAAUUCCCAAAUGCCCUUCCUUGGUAAUAAUAAUAAUAAAAUAAUCCCCAAAUAAUCCAGCAUAAUAAAUGGAGGAUUCUGAUUUUGGAUGAAAAGUGUAGCCGACUGACUGCACCUAUUUGACCUCCCGUGUACAAAUAAGCUAAACACUUUUGUAAAAAGUAUAUACUGCAAGGGUUACUGCAUGCACCCCCUUUUUUGGGUGUUUUUUUUUUUUCCCCAAAAAAGGCAUCUGUCGUAAUAACGAAGGAUGAUAAUGCAUCACUUACUAAGCAAAUUGAUGGGCUGGAAAAGAAAGAGGAUGCUUUAAAGAAGCCAAAUGAUGUACAGAAUGGAUGAUUUGGAACAGAACACAUGCACGAACAGUGCGAUUCUGACUGGGCUCCACAUUGCACGCCGGCCUUUUUGCCAGGGCAGCUGGUAACAGGAGGAGAACAAGAUGACUUUGCUCCAGCAGAGCAACAAGGGGCCAACUUUCUGCAAUCAAAAGGGGGUGGAUGUGGACGCCAACUACGUUGAUGCAUGCGUUCCAAGCUGUGGCAGGAAUAACACCACCACACUUGUCAUCAUAAAGUUUACCAAAAUAAAAAAAAGGCAAAGCGGCAUUGAGGCAGAGAAGCAAGCUGAAAGUAGCAAACGUCUACAUAAGCAUCUUAUUCACCCUAAAUUGGUCAUUUAUAAAUAUCAUUUGUUAUUUUUCCUGUGACAUUCAGAAUUGUGUGAUGUCAUGGGAGUUUGACUUAACAGGAUCUCCUUUUAGUUGGUUUUGGGCAAUCCCGAUAAGAUUAAAAAAAAGAUUAAAAUAAAAAAAUAUCAAUCAUGGUAUCAAAGAUGGCGCCCUCCGUGGCAGACGUCUCUGUGACACUCUCCCGUGUUUUUCUAUUUUUUGCUAUUUUAUUGUUCAUUUUGGACAUUCAACACACUCACGCAGUACAUUACAACAGGGAGACACUUUUGAACAUCGGCAGGGUUCACCAUGAACUUUCAUUUAGCCUCUCAGACUUUGCCUUUCUUCUGCGCCGGGAGAACGCAGCAGCCUGCGGCCCCGGUGAGCUGAAUACCCGGCGAGCAAAGCAUCCGAGGCGUAAACGAGGCAAGCGAGCCGGCCUGCAUGCUAGGCUAAAAGCUAGAGCGACUAGGCCACCGCUACCAAGCCUGCUGCUAGCCAACGUCCGCUCUCUUGAAAACAAGAUGGACGAACUACGAGCAAGGAUUACAGCUCAACGUGAGAUCAGGGAAUGCUGUGUCCUCACCUUCACAGAAACCUGGCUGACGGAGGAUAUACCGGACUCGGCGAUCCAGUUGGAAUCAUUUGCUGCUUACCGGGGAGAUCGGACUUUAGCGUCUGGUAAACACAGAGGUGGCGGCGUCUGUGUUUACGUAAACAAACGGUGGUGCACAGACGUACAGACGAUGGAAAAGCACUGCUCGCAGGACAUUGAGCUGCUGAUGGUGAAAUGCAGACCUUUUUAUUUACCUCCUCCUGGACCAGUUGAAGCCCGGCGGUCGUCUCAUUCUGCCGGUGGGCCCGGCGGGCGGCAACCAGAUGUUGGAGCAAUACGACAAGCUGGAGGACGGCAGCACCAAAAUGAAGCCCUUGAUGGGGGUGAUAUAUGUGCCUUUAACGGACAGAGACAAGCAGUGGUCCAGGUGGAAGUGACUUCCUUCUACUUCCCUCCCCUCCUUCCUCCUACCCUUCUCUCCUUCUCACAGCGGAAAAGGGAUGAACUCUGAACAGGAAGACAGUCCAUAAUCUCACCAUUUUUAUUUCGAAACCUGGAGGAAACUCAGACUGGGGGAGGGAGGGUCAAGCAGCCUUUACAUUAAAACUCACAAUUUGAUUUAUUCAUAAGUGUGAUGGACUGUAGAGAUAUUUUCAUGAUGUGCCCCUUUUACAUGCAGUCAGCCAUUGAUGCAGAGUAUUAACAUUUUCGGAGAACGCUGGACUUUGAGGAUGGACGCCUGAGCUUUUUAGGUUAUUCACAUAGCUGCAGCGUGUGCGUAUGGGUCACCUAACGUUCAACCUCCCUGCUAAUAUAUAAGCUUUCCCUGCCCUCCUUACUGAUAGCAGUAUUAGCAACACAAUGGCUGACGAUAUGACAUCAUAUCCCGUUUGCUUCCCAUCCAAAGAGAGCAGAGCAUCUUUAAACACCAACACAUGCACGUGCAAAGAUGCGCUUUCCACGCACGUCACACGCAAGUGACGGAACAGGAUAGUCACUGCUUUGCCAAAAUAUAAAGCGAAUGAAUGUCUGGUGUCUUUGGGGAGGGAAAUACGUGGAAUCUUUAAGCACAUUUUAUUUUGAGUGAUACAAAUAUGGCUGUCAACAAUUUCUGGCAUGGCAUAUGACAAUAAAGAGUUGCUUAUGUUUUGUCAUUG